CCAUUUUGGUCAACAAAAAUAAGCACUAUUAGUGUAAUUAUGUUAAAUCAUGGCAUAAAAGAUCCCACUUGAAAAAACCCAACUCCACUCCAUCAUCUCUCCAUUUUUUCUUUCUUUUCUAUUAAAUAUAUACAUAUAUAGCUUUGUAAUACUUCAUAACUCCAAAAAUCCAUAUUCAAAAAAUGAGUUCUAUUUGCAUUUCUAAUUGUUUGAACGAUGCUGAAGACCCCAAGAAACCUAUGAGAGCAACCUAUAUGAAUCUUUACAAGUGGCCAGGUUCAGAUGCUGAGUUUUUAAGAUCAAGGACCUCAUCAGCUCCUUCUUCAAUGGAUUAUUGUCGACCAAGUGUUCGAGUUGUUGACAGUAUCUCUUGCAGGCAGAUGUAUCUGAGAAGCUAUAGAUUUUCCAAGAAAGAAACUGUGCCUGAAAAGACUAUGAAAUGCUUUGGGAAAGUUAAAGAGAAGAUGGGUCAUGGUGGGAGGAAGAAGAAGAAGAGCAACCAAAGAAGAGUACGUAUUGUUAUUAAAAGGAAGUGUUUGGUUUGGAGGAAAGUGAAGGUUGUUUUGUUUAGGGUUUUUAAUAGGUUGCUUUCUUGCUAUGCUAGUAUUGAUGUUUUAGAUCAAAGGAAUGUUUAGUUCUUGAAAAAUAAAUUGGGUUUUUUUUUUAAAAAAAAUUAUGCAUGUUUAAGAGAAAUUAGGUUUUGGGUUUAUUUAAUUUUUGAUAUUGUAUUAAAAUUUGAAUUAUGCUUUGUCUCCUUUAUUGAAAAAAUGGACAAAUUAGUUCAUAUACAUUGUAUUAAAGAGUAAAUUGAUAAUUCUGUUAAAAA